AACAGAAGGAUCCGACCUGUCGCCAACCAGAGUGGGCCCAUCCAUGUCCACGUCAGCUUCUACCUCCUCAACCUCCUGAGCAUCACGGAAGCUCAGCAGAAGAUAGAUGUAAACGCGUGGGUGAACUUCACCUGGCGUGAUGAACUCCGUACCUGGGACCCGUGCGAGUACGACGGCAUUCGGCUCAUCCACCCGGAACCUCUUGACAUCUGGAGACCCCGCACGUUCGUGUCAAACUCCGUCUCAAAACGGGAUCUCUUUGCGGACGAUUACUCUCCGUUAACGAUCUAUUCAAGCGGGUUAACCCGAUGGUAUCCUGGGAGUGUUUUUUCAGCCUCGUGCGUGAUGGAUAUCACACACUUCCCCUUUGACCUGCAGUCGUGUUUUAUUCGCCUUCUGGCCAAUGAAUACGCCGAAGAGGUGGUGCUCGUCCCGCGUGUUCCCUUCGUCAUCACCGGAGGUUACAUUCCCAACGGCGAGUGGGAGCUGGUCUCGUCAAGCGUCGUGCGAGAAGCGCCACAGUUCGGCGAGGAGAGCUUCAGUCGGCUGGUCAUCACCAUGAACUUCAAAAGAAGGCCUAGAUUUUACCUCGUCAACGUCAUCGUACCCGUCAUCUUCAUGUCGAUUCUCUCUUCAUUUGUGUUCAUGUUGCCGGAGGACAGCGGCGAGAGGGCCUCGUUCUCGAUAACGGUCCUGCUGUCUCUGUCCCUCUUCAUGGGGAUUGUGUCGGGACAACUCCCCAAGAAUGCAGACACCCUACCCGUGAUCAUCACAUACCUGUUCACACUCCUUCUCCACAGUGGACUCUGUGUGUUGGUCAGUGUG